AUGUCUUCUUUGGCCACUACCAAAUACGUCCCUCCGCACAAGCGAGGACUGCAGCCACUGGCAACUCCACCGCCUUCCCGCACUCCUUCUCCCCCCUUGUCUGCUUCGCUCUCCUCUCCGCCUUCUUCUCCUCCAACCCCUCCACCUUCUCCACCAGUUACUCGUGGAUUGAAGGGAAGUUGGCGAGUUGGGGCUGCGCCACCAUCAUCAACCGACAAGAACCUGCCCAGUUUUGACAAUGUCGAGCUUGGCAUGGUGUUUUACUUGCCUACUGAAGAAAAGCUCGUCGGAUCAAAGAUCCACGAGUAUAUGAAGGGAACUGACCAGAACCCCUGGUGUCACCCAGCCGUAGUGGUCGGCAAGGAGAUCGACUUCCAGGGCGUGGAGUGCGUCCAAAUCCGCUUGUGUACCACCUUUAAUGGUCAUACGGUCACAGAAAAGAAGCCCCCUCAUCAACAACGCCUCUUCAUGCUUGCCGACAACAACCAAGACGACAAGCCACAUCCUGGCACGACUUUGGCAAAGAUGAUUGGCGCCAGGUUUUCGAAGAGAACUUACGUAAAUCUGAGCGAAAACUCAGAAUACGACGUCGAGUAUAGGUAUCUCACCUCCUAUAACGGCAAGCCUCCAAUGCGGUUCGACCGCGAAUCAGUCCAGAAGAUCAGGUCGCUGCGUCCUUACUAA